GAACCGGCGUGACAGCCCAUGGGGUGGGUGGCCUCCUCCUUCCUCCUCCCUGCCUGAAACUUGAUGCAGCAGAGGAGGCUGAUUGCAAGAUUAAUUACGCAUUUUCAGAAACCUGACGGCUGGGGGAAAGCAAGGAAAAAGUGCUGCCUGCUUCCCUGAUUAGGUUCACUUAUCUGCAGCGGAGAGGAGAGCUCAGGCUGGGGAAGGGAGCCGGGAGACCUGUGGCACCAGAGCUAUGGUGCUGGCAGCUCUCACGGCGCUUCUGUCCCUGCUGCCUCUUGCGUUGAUGCUGCAGGACACAGGUACCCCAAGGGCGAGCUGGGUGCCAGACCCCGAAGCGCCGGCCCUGCUCCGUCUGUCCGACUCGCUGCUGGCUCGCUACAGGAAGGGCACCCGGCCCGUGCGGGACUGGCGCACCACCACCACCGUGGCCAUCGAUGUGAUGGUGUAUGCCAUUCUCAGCGUGGAUGAGAAAAACCAGGUGCUGACCACCUACAUCUGGUACAGACAGCACUGGACAGAUGAGUUCCUCCAGUGGGACCCAGCGUGCUUUGACAACAUCACACAGAUAUCCCUUCCCGCGGAGAGCAUCUGGGUGCCUGACAUCCUCAUCAACGAGUUCGUGGACGUUGGGAAGUCCCCUGACGUCCCCUACGUCUACGUCCGCCACCACGGAGAGGUGCAGAACCUCAAGCCCAUCCAGGUGGUGACUGCCUGCAGCCUGGAUAUCUACAAUUUCCCCUUCGACGUCCAGAACUGCUCUCUCACCUUCACCAGCUGGCUGCACAACAUCCGCGACAUCAACCUCUCGCUCUGGCGGACCCCGGAGCUGGUGAAAUUCGACAGGAGCAUCUUCAUGAACCAGGGCGAGUGGGAGCUGCUCUACGUGCUCAGCCACUUCCAGGAGUUCAGCGUCAAGAGCAGCGACAGCUACGCCGAGAUGAAGUUCUACGUAGUUAUCAGGAGACGUCCCCUCUUCUAUACUGUCAGCCUGCUGCUCCCCAGUAUCUUCCUGAUGGUGAUGGACAUUGUGGGCUUCUACCUGCCUCCCAACAGUGGCGAGAGGGUCUCUUUCAAGAUCACACUCCUACUGGGCUACUCAGUUUUCCUAAUCAUUGUAUCUGACACGCUUCCGGCUACGGCUGUUGGCACCCCACUGAUAGGCAUCUAUUUUGUGGUGUGCAUGGCGUUGCUUGUCAUCAGCCUCACGGAGACCAUCCUCAUUGUGCGCCUGAUACACAAUCAAGACCUGCAGCCCCACGUUCCCAGCUGGGUGAAGCACUUGCUGCUGGAACGUGCUGCUGUCCUGCUCUGCAUCCGGGACAGGAAGAAAUUCAGCCAAAGCAGGGCACAGAGCUCAGACAUCUCCAGGCAUGUGGAGAACAACGACAGCACAGCCAAGCUGAACCACUACAGCUGUGAGGACCCCCGGGAGCGUGAGGUGGCAGGGGGCACGAGGCCCACACCUGCCUUUGGCACUCUGGCAGAGGGCUCUCCGCUCACGCACAGCAUCCUGCACGAGAUCACCACCAUUCGCCAGUUCCUUGAGAAGCGGGAUGAGUUUCGUGACGUUGCCCGCGAGUGGCUGCAGGUGGGCUACGUGUUGGAUGUCCUGCUUUUCCGGGCAUACCUGGUGGCUGUCCUGGCCUACACCGUCACUCUGGGUGCUCUCUGGUCGGUGUGGCAGUACGCCUGAGCUGCUCGGGGCAGGCGAGGUGGGGACCUCGGAUGCCGCUGUGCU